UCCGCCCCGAACACGACUCCUUGGUAGACUCUUCAAAAUUUGUCCAUCCAUCAGCCAUGCAGCCAUAUGAUCAAUCCUACAACAACUCCGGGCUCCAUCAGUCCGAAUACAAUACUCUUAUUGAUCUUGGAAGCUCUGGAUAUCAAAGUUUAUCGAACUCUUACAUGGAUCAAACUUACUACAGCGAUAUCCAAAUAUCAACCCAGCAAGACGGAAUCAACCAUGAUCACGGUGUGAAUUCAAUGUUAAGCAACCCAAACACCGCCUGGAGCUCUCAGCACGGACCUCGAUUGGCAUGCUCUGGAAUCUCUGGCCAUCCGUCUCAACAGUUCAUAAGCCAACAAAUGGCCACCUCAACUCCACAUAAACAAGCACCGAUGUAUAAUGGCCAUUCACCUGUGCCAUCCCCUCUCAUUGACCAGAUCUCGGUAAAUCAAACUACACCCAUCCCACCACCACCACCGGGCAACUCUUCUGUUUUGAAUUCUCAGCAUCCUGCCGCUACUCCGACCACGGCUGUGAUCCCCACCACCCAACCGAAAAAACAAAAGCGGAAAAGAAAGUCUGCAGCCACCACUAGUACUGAUGCACCAGUCUCAACAGUGGUUCAAUCGGCUGAAUCACACACCAGUAAUACUUCGGCUGUCAACUCAAACACAGAUCCUACUUUGGCAUCUCCAGAAACCCCCACUGGCACCCCAAAACCUCGUAAAAAAGAUACCAAGCUCUCUGAUGAAGUCAUGGAUAGCUUCAAAGAUCACACCCUACAUCAGCUUCGAAAACUCCAGAAGACGCACGUGAAAUAUACUCGAUUGAAUGAAGAAAUCAAGAUAGCUGCUCAAGAUGUAUACUUUGAAUAUCAACGAAAACUCCAUUUGCUAUCGCUCAAGCAUCAGCGACCUUUCAAGGGUCUCGCAAAGUAUCUCGGACAACGUCGAACCCGGCAGAAGAAAAGUGCGUGGCACAAAUUUCAAUCGUCUGGACAGACAGCACAAAAGGAAUACCACCAAACUGAGAACAAUAUCGGUCAGCGAAACAAGGAAGUCGCAAAGAGCUAUAAUCAGCUCAAUGCAGCAGAUCGAGACCUCCUGAACAACAACAGCGAAGACGAAUGGGUUGAUGCCGACCUCAGCGAUGAUCCAAACAUUAAUGAACGAGAUCAGUUUGAUGUCAGACACCAGUCCAACAAAAAGCUUCUUGCAAAUGUAGACACGUGGGCCAGGGGAGUACAGCUCAAGCUGAAGGAGAUCAGUGAUGCUCUUGGUCUUGAAGGUUUCCUAAUCAUUGCGGAUCAAGACCAUCGCCAACCGUAUUUUUUUCAAGGGGGAAGUUUGCUUGGCGAUGUUUUUCUGCGAGGGCUUCUGGAUGAAGGCGAUCCAAUAUCAAGAUUUGCAGUCUGGACUGCUGGAACCAAGAGCCGAAAAAAAGUGACUAAACAGAUUGCUGGUCCUGUUGUUAGUACUGUUUGUAAGCAAUCCAAGGCAAACAAUGCCUCGAACAACAACUCCAAUCCCAAACACGACAGCAACUCUGGAAACUUGGGAUCUGGGAACAACAACCAACCUCCUGAAGAGCGAGAUAAUGGUUGUGCUGAAAAUCAAGAUGCGUGUGAGGGUGAUCUAGCUAAAAAUCAUCAUUAUAUUUCUAACAAACUAGGGGAGAUGUACAAUCAAGCCCUUGCUGUACCUGGCUCAAAAUAUAAAUGGCCAGGUACCAACACCCAAAUUAAGCUCAAGAAAAAGGGUCUGAUGCUGUCAAUAUCCAACAAUCCAACCGAGUUAAGCAUGGUGCAUUUUUCGCAACCAGUCAAAAAACUCCUACUUCCUGCAACACGGGUUUUAUUACGUGGCCUCAAGAACAAUUGGAUCUCGUUAGUUCCUUAUGUUGAAAUUGAAGAAAACAAUCUGAUGGACAUUGACAAUGCAGAGGAAAACAGCAACCAGGUUAAUAGCUCAAAUGAAAACAACAACACUGACUAAAAUUGAGACAGAAUUCUG